GUUUUUUACAUUACCUUUUUUUUUGGGCUUAUCAAACACGCUUAAUAAAAAUUAAAUAGUACAAAAUUCGCAUUAAUUUAUUAAUAAAAAAACAAUAAUUAUUUAAAAUGUCGAAAGCACAUCCACCAGAGUUAAAAAAGUACAUGGAUAAACGUAUGCUGCUGAAGUUAAAUGGCGGUCGUUCUGUGGCCGGCAUUCUUCGUGGUUUCGAUCCAUUUAUGAAUGUAGUCCUUGAUGAGACUGUUGAGGAGUGCAAGGAUAGUACAAGAAAUAACAUUGGAAUGGUGGUUAUUCGUGGCAACAGCAUAGUAAUGGUAGAGGCAUUGGAUAGAGUUUAGCCCUAACCACCGAAAAUACGGUGCAUGCUAAUUAUAUUAGUUUUAAGCAAUUCCAUUCAGAAUAAAAUUAAUAAACUAAAUAAUAGGAAUAUCAA